AUGUACAAGUACAUUUUAUUUGCUACGUUAAUCGUAAGCAUACCAUUUCAAAGCAUAUUAUGUCAGCUUAAAGAUACGGGAACUAAACUUCAAGCAAUUAUAACACCUAUUGACAUGUUAUAUCGCGAUGAACUAAAUUCUUUAAACCAAAUGCCGAUUUGUACCAAUCGUAUUAAAAAACGGAGUAACAUUAAAACCAAAGGAAUCUACAUAACCAUAUGGUUAAAAAAAAACACUGAGGAAAAUAUUUCGAAACACCAAGUGAUAAUUGUUGAUAAGGUUUACGAGGCUGAAACAAACAAAGCGAGAAUGCUAAUAAAUCCUUACAUAGUAGUGAUUCAACAAGACGAAGUACUGGAAUCGUACAAACUUAAGCACAUAAAGGCGGUCAACUCUGAAGCGAAGGAAAUUGUGUUCAACAAGGAGUCCAACAGUCAUUAUCCCGGCUGCUACGCAGAUGUAAAACGAUCCGCUUGUAAUGCAAUGGCCGAAGUCAUCCCAAAACAAUUCAGUGAAGGUUUUUGUUGUUCUUGUAAGAUGGCGGUCAAUAUCCAGAGGCAGAUGAACGACUGUCAUGGACAAACCCGGUUUAGGCACGUUGUCCACGGGAGGAACGCGUUGUUGAACGAAGACAUCGAAACGCUGAUCAGUCGAUUGGUGGACAACAUUGACUCGGAUGACGAGAUGACUGCAAACAACGAUACCGGAAGAUCAUCAUUGGGUACUUAUAAGAAACAAAUACGUGGGGGUCAAAGCUGUGAAUCCACAAAUACGCCAGCAGGAAAUGUCGACGAAGAGUAUAGGUUCCACGAGAGCAGUCACUGUUUGCAGUUCAGUGACUUAUGGUACAACGUGAACAAGUUGGAAUCUACGGCAUACCAUCAUUCGCUUACAAUAAGUAUUUAUGAAAAAUAUACAAUGGAUAAUAUUAUACCGUUGUACAGGAAAAUCAUUUCCAAUGUCAAGUUAAGCAACAAUAACAAGAAUUAUGAAAACGACGAGUCAACUGUGCAAGCAAAUUAUGUAGCUUUAACAUUUGGUGAUGAUCAAUACUAUAGUUUAGACAUAAACAACGAUAGACUUUUGAUACCAGAAGAAGUACCAUUAAUAGUCAAACAUCUUUAUCCACAAUCAACAGACGAUCCGAAAAAAUAUUUAAUUUUAAACGCAAACAACAUAAGUACCAAAGGUGACGAAUGUAAUAAGGCUGGAGUAUCAUAUGAAGCGUUCUUCAAACAAUCCAAUAGAUGUGGAGUGAAAAGAUCUAGCUGCUUGAACAACCAACCAUCACAUUUGUGGAAACAUGAUAUGGAUGCAAUCGAGUCAGGAAUCCCAGGGAAUUAUUUUUUAGAAAAUUUCGUUACAUUUCCACAAAAUUCAAAAGUAAUGCAAAAAAUUAACGGGACUGAAACGUUAAAUUUACAUUAUGAAAUGGAUUAUACUAGUGAAUUAUUGAUUCAUAAGGAAAUAAAUUAUAACAGUGUACUUACAACAAGACAAUCCUUCGACACUUUUGACCCCCACGUAUUUGUUUCUUAUAAAUACUCGAUGAUCCUGCAGUAUCGUUUGCAAUCAUCUCGUUGUCCGAGUCAAGAUUGUCUACCAUUCGACUGA